AUGCCGCCCGUCGUAUUCUGGGGGGCACACCACUCUAGGAUCAACUCCAACGACACUGGCAAGCGUUCAACGGAUACCGAUGCUCACGAACCGGAUUUGUUGCUUAGGAUACGUGGAGGAGGUGACGCGGAGGAGGCUGUGAUCGAGCCCUCCCCGAAGCCUGCACACGGAGGAGGAGAUGCGGACAGCGAGGAGGCGGUGGGUACCCCGUCCUCACCCGGGCUUGCCCUGCCCUCGCCUAAGCCCGUCCCAACGGGGUACCGCCCACUGCGGGAUGCGCUCGGGCGUUAUAUUCGCUACCCCGCGCCCGCGUCCGACACGCUAACAGGGGCGGAGGAUGCGCCUGUGCCCACAGGGUUCAGGCAGUUCGUGCGUCCUUCCACGCCGAACCGAACGCGAAUCUUCACGGGGAAGGUUCACGGCACCCGCGGAGUGGAGGCGUCCAUGUCGCCUGAGAGAGAGGAGUACUUCUCCCCAUCAAGGAUUGACAGACGCGACUUGUUUGGCGAAGGGGCGGCCGACACCGGCGACUCGGAAGGCUCGGUGGAAAUGGGUCCCCAAAAGGCGCACGCGGCGCCCUCGACCUCAGACAUGCCCUCGAAGUUCUGGGGCUCGAGGCCCGAGAAACGACUUGCGGAUGAGCUCGCGCUUUCUUCCGGCUCAGAGAGUGACGCGGGACUCUUGCUGGGCACUGCCACUGCCAAAAGAGGCAAGAAAGGCAAAGGAGGGGGGCGCCGCACCGGCCCCAGAAACAAGCCUGAUACGCUGGGCCAAACACCUAUCGUCCUGAUCGAGCGUAUUAGGCUCAGCUCGCGCUCGCCGACAGCCAGAACGCAGGAGACAGACGUGACCGACGGCACUGGGAGCGCCAACACUCCCAAUGCGGGUGCCGAGUCGGACUCAGGGCGAAGUGGGGGCUCGACGCACGACGCGGGACUUGCCGAGGCGAAGCGGGAGCUCAACCGCCUCAGACGGGAGGAGCUCCAGCGCAAGGCCGAGGAGGAGCUGGCAAGCCUCACGCGGACGCUGGCGCCGGGCAAGCCCCCCAAGAGUGGCGGUGCAGUUCUGGGCCUGCCAGACACGGACGGAGCGGACAACAGUGCGGCGUCGCUCCACCAAAGGGUGCAAAGCAGCCUAAGGACGGUGGAGCUGGUGGCCACUGGGUCCGCCAACCUAAAGGGGACCUUCGUUCGGGCCCUCAAGCUGGCUGUCGCGUCAAUCGGGGAAGCGGUCGAAGACCUGAAGGAGCUUACUUCCUCCGAAGAGACGCGACGCCUGCAGAGGCAAAAUGCCAACUUGAGGGCGGAGGUAAAAGACCUGCGCUCUGAGGUGGAGGAGCUGAAAACGGAGCUCCGGGCCCACUUCAAGAAGCAGGCCCCGCCCUCGUCCUUACCCAAAGAGGCACCACAGCCCGCCGCUGCCCCCCCGGACGUUCCGAUGUGGACGAGCUGGUCGGUGCGGUCGCGGCCAGGGUCCGGGUCCCACACCGGCCUCCAAGCGGGGUACCGCAUCGGCUCCGAAGCGAGGUCCCCGAACCUGACGGAGGAGCCCCAAAAGGGGAAAAAUAAAAAGAGGAAAAAAGGGGGGAAAACGCCAGCAGCGGCAGCAGCAGCGGCUCCAUCCUCCGCGACGCCAGGUCCUCGGCCACUGCCUCCGGCUCCCGCGAACACAAACGAGGAGUGGUCUGCGGUGACGCGGAAGAAAAGUAAGGGGGCAAUUACGCAAGUGGGCUCUCAGCCACGGCCCAAGAAGCCAAACAAGCCCAAGAGUAGGAAACUUCGACCUCCGCGUUCGUCAGCUGUAGUCCUAACCCUACAGCCGGAGGCCGAAGCAAAAGGGGUGACGUAUGGACAAGUCCUCAUCAGGGCCAAGGAGAACAUUGACCUCAAGAGCCUGGGCAUUAACGCCAUCAAGUUCAAGAAGGCGGCAACCGGUGCCAGGCUCCUCGAGGUCCCAGGAUCCGAUAGUGGCGAAAAGGCCGACUCCCUGGCAAAAGAGCUCUGCGAAAAGCUCGGGGAGGACCUGGUCAAAAUAUCCAGGCCCACAAUCUGCGCGGAGCUACGCCUAACGCAACUCGACGACUCCGUCUCUUGCAGCGAGGUAGUGGCUGCUGUUGCCAAGACUGGGGGCUGUGAAGUGAGCCAGAUAAAAACGGGGGAGAUCCAGCAGGAUGCAUCCGGGCUAGGAUCUAUCUGGCUCCGCUGUCCAAUCGCGGCAGCCAAAAAAGUAGUGGAGGCUGACAAGGGAAGACUCCAGGUGGGAUGGGUACGAGCUGCAGUAAAGCUGCUGGAGAAGAGACCCAUGCGGUGUUUCAAGUGCCUGGAAACGGGCCACGUCAGGGCACAAUGCACCAGCAAAACGGACCUCAGCGACACCUGCUACCGGUGCGGGAAACCAGGCCACACGGCGAGGACCUGCUCUGCAACUCCGAGCUGUGUGAUUUGCUCUAAAGUAGGGAAACCAGCGGACCACACUCUGGACUCAAAAGUGUGCAAAUCACAAGCCCAGAAGCCACCACGGAGAAAAGCUGGAGCUGGCCGCCAGGCCGCGCCCCAGCCAGCACAAACACCGGAUGUGCAGGAGCAGGAUCCAAUGGUCACAGAAUAA